AUGAAGACGAAUGAUGGAGUUGUGAUCACUGGACAGCGCGUGACGCUCGUGCCAUACGAAAAGGAGCAUGUCGCCAAGUACCAUAACUGGAUGAAGGAUCCCUGGCUCCAAGAGAUGACGGCGUCUGAACCAUUGUCGCUCGAAGAAGAGUUCGAGAUGCAAAAGUCAUGGCGAGAAGAUGCCAAAAAGUGCACGUUUAUCGUGUUGGCGAAGGCUGAGGGUGAUGGCCAGCAGGAGACUUCAUACGUUGACAAGAGCGCUAUUAGACGCAUGGUCGGAGAUGUCAACUUGUUUUUCAACGACCAUGACGAUCAUCAAGCUUGUGAGCUUGAGGUCAUGAUUGCAGAGGAGAAAUACCGUCGAAAAGGCCUCGCGGAGGAAGCAGUACAGCUUCUGAUGGCUUAUGCUACGGCGACGCUGAGCGUCUCCCGGUUCUUUUGCAAGAUCAUCGAGACGAACACCGCCUCGCUACACCUUUUCGACAAACUGGGAUAUGUUAAGUACAAUCACGUUGCCGCAUUCAAGCAGGUAGAAAUGGAGCUAGUUACCAGGGACAAGCAUGCCAAACUUGUCGAUGCAGUUCUCAAGUCUGCUGUCGUUUAUACACCACAUUUUGUCGAGUAG